AUGGGAAAACGGCUUCUACUGUUAAUAGCCCUAACACCUCAAAUUAACAAAGUUUCGGCUGCUGCCGCCGCUGGUGCAACAACAAUAGAUUUAACUACUGUUUAUACGCCAAUUAGUAAAUCUACUGCUGCAGUGGGAGCACGCAGUGUUAAAACUAAACUACUUAAACAACCACCACCGGCACCGCCCACACCUUUGGCCACACAUUCUAAACCACAAUUAGAACAUCAAGCUUUAAAGUCCAACGAUGAUCUUAAUUUAAUAGUGGCGCCCUCUAAAUCUUAUAUAACUCAACCCACAACAUUACCACCACCUAAGUUACUGAAAAGAUCAGGUCAAACGGCUGAAUUAAAGCAAAAGAAGCCCUUAAAGGAUAUUCGCAAUCGUACUCAAGAAAUUGAAAGAUCUUCUAAAUUACAAAUGGAAGUGCCGGAUCAUAUACCCGAUUCUUCGGGUCACAUACCUUAUCGUAUAAGUCGACCUCAUCUGCCACCUCCUCCUUCAGCUUCUGAUUAUGAUACCACAGGUUCUAAUCCACCUUCUUCAACUGGCAGUGCAGCUUAUCAUGCUGGUCCACCUUAUGAACCGGAAAAAUAUCAUAGUGAAUAUUGGGAUCGUGAUUAUAGUAAACAAUUUGGACUUAAUAACACUAGAGUACAACAUAUUGAGGCCGAGUGUCAGGAUGAUUAUAUGAAAAUUCGCAUUGGAUUCAAUGGUUCUUUUAGCGGUUUGGUUUAUUCGGCCGGUUAUGCUUACGAUCCGGAUUGUAUGUACAUUAAUGGUUCAGGCAGGGAUUACUAUGAAUUCUAUAUACAACUUAACAGAUGUGGAACAUUGGGGAAGAAUGCCUUACACGAUGACAAUCGUAAAAAUCCCACGAACUUUAUGUGGAACACCGUGACCGUUCAAUACAAUCCCCUGAUCGAGGAGGAAUAUGAUGAACAUUUCAAGGUGACCUGUGAAUAUGGUUAUGAUUUCUGGAAGACAGUGACAUUUCCCUUUCUAGAUGUAGAGGUGGCCACCGGUAAUCCAGUUGUCUUCACCCUAAGUCCGCCAGAAUGUUAUAUGGAAAUACAAAAUGGUUAUGGUAUAGGAGGACCACGGGUAACGGGACCAGUAAGAGUAGGAGAUCCCUUGACAUUGAUUAUUUACAUGAGAAGUAAAUAUGAUGGUUUCGAUAUUGUGGUAAAUGAUUGCUUUGCCCACAAUGGCGCCAAUAAACGUAUACAACUGAUUGAUCAAUAUGGCUGUCCGGUAGAUGAUAAAUUAAUUUCACGUUUUCGUGGUUCCUGGUCAGAUUCGGGUGUAUUUGAGACUCAGGUUUAUGCUUAUAUGAAAACCUUUAGAUUUACCGGUUCUCCAGCUUUAUAUAUAGAAUGUGAUGUGCGCAUGUGUCAUGGCAGAUGUCCGAGUCAACCCUGUCAUUGGCGUAAUUUGAAAACUGUUACCAAACGUGAUCUUACCAAUAUAACAUCAGAUACCACCGCCACUGCUGCAGUGGCAGAUGUUGUUAUGGAGACCACCGAUAAACCUGAUGCCCCUCUAUCGGAAAAUGUUAAUCUCUUCCAGUCACUGCGUGUUCUACAAGAAGGUGAAGCAGAUGAUGAUGGUUCCUAUACCUAUGCUCGACGUUUGGAGGCAAAUCCCAAUCAAACUUGUUUGAAAACAAGUACUUUCUCUGCUAUGACUGCUACUUUUUCAGUUAUGCUUUGCAUAUUAUCUGCUUCCCUAAUGGUGGCCUGUUCACGUUUGAAACAGCGUAAAAAGGAUUCAUUAUAUGAUACAUACGUUACGCAUAAAGGACAAAUCGAUUGA